AUGGCGAAUGACUUUGAGGCUGGAUCAAGUCAUAUAAAUUCUAAUGUUACUACUGUUACAGAAAGAAUUGAAGGAGUUGAAAAUAUAGUUGAGCAAAACCAAGGGGAUGCCUAUAGAGAACAAGGUGCAGAAAGAACAGAAGCAGUUGAAAAUAUAAAUUGUCAAAAUCACGGGGAUGGCUACAGAGAACAAGGUGUUGACAACACGUUUGAUGGUACUGCACAUGUAAUAAAUUGUAUGCGAGGCAGAUACAAUUGUGCAAAGGAUUAUAAAGAAGGUAUACAGACCAUUAGAAUGUCUCAAUCUGUAGAAGCUCAUAAAGAUAUUGUGCAACUUAUUCAAAGGAUCUUAGACAUGCAUAACCCAUUUGUGGAGAAAUUUCGUCAACUAUCUCGAAGUCCAAAUUUACAUCAAUGUAAACUUCUGAUUAAAGAACAACCUUUAAACCAACCUCAAUAUUGCCUUCCCAGUGCUUCCCAAGUGGCAGCUAUUAUUGUAGGAGGAGAAGAAGCUGGUCAUUUAAGUGGUAGAGAAAUUUUGGUUCAAACAUUUGGUGGUAAUUUGAUCAAUGUUCAAGAUACAGCAAGAUAUUAUGAUCCAUUGCAGUACCUAAUACUUUUCCCAUUUGGAACAUAUGGAUGGGAUAUCAAUACACGUGACACUAAUAGAAAUAAAGUGUCAUGUCGUGAGUAUUAUGCAUUCAUCUUUCAGAUUCGCGACGAUGCUCUAUCAAUGAUUUGGUAUGGAGGACGCCUUUCACAACAGUAUGUUAUUGAUAAUUAUGUAAAAAUUGAAACACACAAGCUUAGGUGGUUUGAGCACAAUCAAGAUUCUAUUAGGGCAGAUCUGUACCAAGGCCUACAAGAUGCUUUCCAUGAAGGAGAGAGUGAUACUGGAAAUGUUGGACAUAGAACCAUUCUACCUUCAUCAUUUGUGGGAAGCCCACGCGAUAUGAUCCAACGAUUUCAAGAUGCAAUGUCAUUGGUUCAAAAGUUUGGGAAACCAGAUUUAUUCAUCACAAUGACGUGUAAUCCAGGACGGGAAGAAAUCCAAAAUGAGCUUUUACCCGCACAAACCGCACAAGAUCGUCCAGACUUGCUUGCAAGAGUUUUCAAAUCAAAAUUUGAAGAAUUGAAAGAUGAUAUUGUGGUUAAAGGGGUUCUCGGAAGAGUUAUUGUAUAUGUGCAAGUCUUUGAGUUCCAAAAAAGGGGUUUACCACAUGCACACAUGCUUAUAAUUCUCGAUGAAGAUGAUAAAUUACAUAAUCCAGAGGAUUACGAUCGAGUUGUUAAAGCAGAAAUACCGUGUAAAGAGGAACAACCUCAGUUACAUAAAGCUGUACUGAAACACAUGAUACAUGGUCCUUGCGGAGUACAAAAUCCAAGAUCACCAUGUAUGAAAAAUGGGCGAUGUAAAAAAGGAUACCCAAAGCCUUUCUCGCCAGAAACCUACCAAGGCAAUGACUCAUAUCCUGUUUACAAACGAUAUGAUACUAAUAAUCCCAUACCAUUGAAUGAUCAUUGCAGGAUUAUGGUAGACAAUACUUGGGUUGUUCCAUAUAAUCCUUGUAUCAAGAGUGUAAAGUACUUAUACAAAUAUGUGUAUAAAGGCCCAGAUCGUGUCUCUAUGGAAGUUAGACCAGGCCCAAAUUAUGAUGAGGUCCAACAGUACAUUGAUGCAAGAUGGGGGCCAACAGGAUUUGACGAUUUAUUGACUGUGAAUGGGAUAACCUAUCCAACUUUUAAACAAGCAGCUGAACAUAGGGGUUUACUAGAGAAUGAUAACAGCAUACGACAAUGUCUACUUGAGGCAAGAGACAUUCGAAUGCCGUCAGCUUUAAGAAGAUUGUUCGCAACAAUAUUGGUAUUUUGUUUACCAAUUGGAGUAAGAGAAUUGCGGAAUGAGUUCUAUUCAUAUAUGAUAGAAGAUUACCCAUCAACAUCUAUUACAACAGAGACACAUCGUACAAAUAAACUUCUCAAUGAUUUAGAGGCAUUACUCUUGCAACAUGGAAAGCAUAUUACAGAGUAUGAUUUGCCGAUUUUAACUGGAGAAUGUGACAAUGAUUCAACUAUACCAAGACUCAUACAAGAUGAGCUAACUAUUCCUAAUAUAGAUGAAGAAUUCACUUUAAUUGAGAAGUUGAAUAACGACCAGAGACUUGCAUAUGAGACAAUCAUGACAGUUAUUGAUCGUAACGAAAGCAUAAUAUUCUUCGUCGAUGGGCCAGGGGGAACUGGAAAAACAUUUUUGUAUCGCACAAUAUUGGCAGCCUUGAGAAAAGCUGGUCACAUUGCAAUUGCCACAGCUACAUCUGGCAUAGCAGCAACAUUACUCCCUGGUGGAAGAACAGCGCAUUCCAGGUUUAAGAUUCCUUUAACUCUAGAUGCUUCAUCUACUUGCUCAAUAAGUAAACAAUCAGACUUAGCUAAGCUUAUUAGACGUGCCACCAUAAUAAUUUGGGAUGAAGCCCCGAUGGUAAAUCGACAUGCACUCGAAUCUUUAGAUAGAACAUUUAGAGAUAUUAUGGAAGUAAAUUUACCUUUUGGUGGGAAGGUGCUAAUUUUGGGUGGAGAUUUUCGUCAAGUACUUCCGGUUGUUCCAAAGGGUACAAAGGCAGAAAUGAUUGAUGCAUGCAUAGUCAAGUCCCCAUUAUGGAAAGAUGUCAAAGUAUUACAUUUGAAGCAGAAUAUGAGGUCUAGCAAUGAUGAAGAGUUUGCUGAGUACAUACAACACAUUGGUGAUGGGAAUGAACCAUAUAUAAUUGAUGAUUUGAUUGAACUACCCCCUUCAAUGGCAAUGCAAUGGGAGGGUCAGCAUUCUAUAUACAACUUGAUUGAUCAAGUUUUUCCAAAUUUACAAGACCAUGUCAAUGAUGCAAGGUAUAUGGUUGAUAGGGCUUUGCUAACACCUAUAAAUGAUGAUGUUGAACAACUUAAUGCAAAGAUAAUUUCUCAGUUUCCAGGAGAUGAGUUUACAUUACAUUCUUUUGAUGAGGUUGAAGGAGAUACACAACAUAUAUAUCAACAAGAAUUCCUAAAUUCUAUAUCUCCAGGGGGUUUACCACCACAUAUAUUAAGGCUAAAAAAGGGUGCUCCAAUUAUGUUGUUGCACAAUAUAGAUCCAAAAGUCGGAUUAUGUAAUGGUACAAGAUUGAUAUGCCGUGGAUGUUUUAACAACGUAAUUGAUGCUGAAAUUUUGACUGGACAAUAUGUGGGUACACCUUUUUUUAUCAGACGACAAUUUCCUGUACGUUUAAGCUUUGCACUUACAAUAAACAAAGCGCAAGGUCAGACAAUUCCAACUGUUGGAAUUUAUCUUCCUGAUCAUGUUUUUAGUCAUGGCCAAUUAUAUGUGGCAUUGUCAAGGGGAGUCUCCCAAUUCACCACAAAACUAUUGGUGCAAAAAGGCAGAAUACCUGAGGAGGAAGGAAGAAUGCCUAACUCAAAUGUGAGGAUUGAGUCCACUAUGCUAAAUAAUGGAGUGCAUGCUGUUCCUACUGCUCAUUGGGAGAAGUGGAAGGAUGAUCAGUCAAUAUCGAACAUGGAGGCCAUUGAUAACAAGGUUCGAAAAUUGCAAAUUUAUUCACCUGGUUGGGGAUUCAAUGUUCGAGCUGACAAGAAAGAGCUUUGGAGAGAAGUGAAACGAGUUUUAGAGUCACAAGAAUUGGAAAGGACCAAGAACAAAGACAAACAACAAAUCGCUGUCAAGAGCAAUGAAGUUUCCAACAUCCAUAAGAAUAAAGACAAAGGAAAAAUGAAGUUUGAUGUGAUCUCUAACACUCAUGCCAACAGAGACAAACGGAGAAUGAAAAUCAAGGACAAUGUGGUUUCCAACAUCAAAGAGCAAAAAAAGAUACGAACAAAAAAAAUCAAGGACGAUGCAAUCUUCAACACCAAAAACAGUAAAGACAAACAGAAAAUGAGAGUCAAGGACGAUACAAUAAUAAAGCAGUUCUUCAAGUCCCAAGCUAAAGUAGACCAUUUCACAUACAUGGAGCUAUGCAAUAUCAUCACAAGGUUCAUGGCAAAUGCUGCUGGAAAGCAAUUAGAAUGUGAAACAAAUAGCAUUGCUCCACCAACUUCUCCACCGUAG